CUAUUCCUCUAUCGUUGCCAUUGCGCAAAACGGAAGCGAUCAUAAUUUAUUACUAGAAGAACAUACUUGGAAAGCAGUUUUCUGUCGGCGUUCUAAUGCUACAAAAGCAAUAACCAGAUUCUUCUAUUCUAAUCCGGAUUUACGCGCGGAUGGUUUUUAAAAUUUAUUUCUGGAUUUAUUAGAGUUUCUAUCUCUUAUAACGUUGAUUUCCACCGACAUGACGUCACCAAGUACAACAUUUAUCUUUGCCAGUGCUCUUCUUGCAUGCCUGUGUUUUGAGCAUGCUUUCUGCUGGAGAUCACGGUGUGAGCAUUUCACCCAUAACUCACGUAGAGGCCGCACAUGUUCCUGUAGACCUGGCUACGUCAUCAGCAAAAGAGAUCCUUCAAGAUGUCUUGAUAUUAACGAAUGCAACAGCCGCUACAAAUCUCCAUGUGAGCAUAUAUGUAUCAACACUCCCGGCAGCUACUCGUGUUCUUGUGAACCUGGAUACACCUUCUGUAAAGUUAACCCCAACCAAUGUAUAGACAUCAAUGAGUGUAAAAAACACUCACCAUGUGAACAUAAAUGUAUCAACAGAAAGGGAGGCUACUCGUGUUCCUGUAAAUCUGGAUACGCCAUUAGUGAAACAAACCCCGACAAAUGUUCUGAUAUCAACGAAUGUGCCAGAACAUCUAAACCUCUGUGUGAACAAAUCUGCACCAACAAACCUGGAGGCUUUACCUGCUCCUGUAGAGAUGGCUACAAUAUAAGUACGACAGACCCCAGCAAAUGUAUUGACGUGGAUGAAUGCAGUAACAAAACAGAAAGCCCAUGUCAUCAUACGUGUACAAACACUAUGGGAAGCUACUCGUGCUCAUGUGAUCCGGGCUAUAGUGUUUCUGAAACAGAUACUUCUAUGUGCAAAGCACAGUGUAAUGCAUACUCAUCUAUAACCUCUCAAACCUACACGAAUUUGACAAAUAAGGCUUGCUUUGAAACGUGUUCAGCGAAUCGCUUAUGUUAUUCCUACAUAUACACAGCUGGAGUAAGUUGUGAAUUAAAGUUGGUGACUGGCGACGCAAUAGACACGGAAAAUGAUGAUUUGGAAGUCAAUCCGUACAUCACCUGUAACAAUAUAUCAGAUGACUGCUCUGCAUAUUCGUCUCUUCGCCCUACAUUCCAAGCUUACAGUACGCACAAGGAUUGUUUCGACUUGUGCAUGGCUACUCCCAGAUGUGUUGGAUAUGCCUAUUCCAAAACAUCAAAAUAUUGCUCCCACUACAUCUUAGAUGGAACCGAGACGGACACAAACACGGACACGUCAACAAAAAGUUUUCUUCGCUGCUCAAUGAUUUGAUUUAUCAAAUUACAUCUGUCUUUGUAAGAACCAUGGCAAGCACAUUAUCUAAAUAGUCAGUGGUUUUAUAUUCAUGUACAAAUUAGUGUAUUAUAUGGGUACAUUAUCUUACUUUAAACGUGUGGAUAAUAUUGGAUUAAGUUUAUACAUUUGUUUUUUUUUCUUAAUUAUCAUCUUAACUACUAAAAGUGUAUAUUAUAUCACAUACAGAUUUCCUCAAUGUACAUUUUUUUUUGCAAAAUAACGUUAAAAAAAGUAGUUGCACUCUGGGUAUAAAAUGCUAAUUGACAUGUCGAAAAUAUUUAAGUAUCGUUUUGUCUUUUCAAAAGAAUGUUAAUGAUAUAUUAAAUUGAAUGAUACAUAUUCUGCCUCUACUUAAACAUCAAUAAAAUAUGUUGUCAAUUCAAGAAAGAUUGAUUAUAUACUUUUUGCUAGUUUUUUUUUUCUUCUGAAAAAUAAAAUUGCAAGUACAUUGGCUAGUAAUUUUUUUUUUAAUUUAAAAGAAAAUUCUGAAAAAAAAAUAGAACAAUUUUCAGUUUUAUUAUUAUUAUUAUUUUUAACUUAGAAAUCAACUAGAAUUGUUUUGCAAAACUAUAGGCCCUCUUAUAACAAGUACAUUAAGUAACUGCAUGAAAGACUCAAACACGAAAUUAAAGAAAACGUCGAGAACUUUUUAUGAAAUAAAUACAUUUAUAAGUGUUUUCUAUUUGUACAUUUUAAUUAAUAUAUAAGAAACAAAACCCUAAUGGAUCAAACACAAUAAUGACCAUAUGAGUUUUAUAAAAACAUUUACUCAUGUUUUAAAUUUAAAUAAAUUAAAAUUGCAUUACAUA